UGUGAAUGCUUAAGCCCUGUACGCUUGGAGUGGAUCGCGGCGGUGUUGUUUUGGCAGUAUUUUCUCAAACGACAGAAACAGGAGGAUUAACGGAAACAAGCGACGUUUGUGUAUCUCCUCGGAUAAUAUCACGCUAAUGAUGCCCGGUCAGACGUUGGUGACGGUGGCCAUCGGCCCGCAAAAAUCGUCCGGUUUUGUUUUAAAGAAGAUCAUGAAUAUUCCUCCUCCAAACAUACUGCAGGAGCAAGACGAUGACAUCGAGAAGGAGAAACAGGGUUUGGUCGCCGAUGGGACGUCCGGCGGCAGCGGCGGUUCGGGUGGAGCAGGGAGCGUCUCCGCCUCUCUCACCCCCGCCAUCUGGGACAAAACCAUCCCGUACGACGGCGAGACCUUCCACCUGGAGUACAUGGACCUGGACGAGUUCCUGCUGGAGAACGAGAUUCCCAUCACACUGGAGGAGGAGCUGAGCAAGGGUCCAAACGACGAGUGGAGCGGCGGCGACACGCAGGGUUCCUCAGAUGAGCCGCAGGUGCCUGAGGAGGAGUACAAGGACGAUGAAGAGCCUGAGGAUGACUCACUGUCUGUGAGCGUUGAGACUACAGCAGAACCCAAAGUCGACCCCGACCGCGUGACGCCCACUCCGAUCGACCCGGAGGAGAUCGAGGUGAACGUGGCCUUCCAGCCGGACCCUACAGAUCUGGUCCUGUCCAGCGUUCCCGGAGGAGAGCUCUUCAAUCCGCGGAAACACCGCUUCUCUGAGGACGAGCUCAAACCACAGCCCAUGAUCAAGAAAGCCAAGAAAGUCUUCGUUCCUGAAGAUGCAAAGGAUGAGAAGUACUGGUCGCGGAGGAAGAAGAACAACGUGGCAGCAAAGCGUUCUCGUGAAGCCCGCCGUCUGAAAGAGAACCAGAUCGCCGUCCGCGCUACCUUCCUUGAGCGAGAAAACGCCGCGCUGCGACAGGAAGUGGCCGAGCUGCGCAAAGACUGCGGCCGCUGCAAGAAGAUCAUGUCACUGUACGAAGCCAAAUACGGCUCGCUGUGAGGGACGCGCUUCACCCUGACACGCAGCAGUCUCUCUAUAAUUCACACCGCAGUUACACGGCCGGGGAUUGUGGGUAAUGUGGCACCGUGUGGGAAGUGGACGAGAAUGACGCGAGCGCGUGUUUUUAAGAGGAUGUUUUAAGGGUCUAGAAGACACAAAACACAUGAUAACAGCAUAACCUUUGACCUCUGACCUCCUCAUACCUCCUUCUGCCCUCUCCACGACCCCGAUAUGACCCGAGCAGUGAGUUUUUAGAAGUUUAUUCGGAAUGAAAAUGAGAUAAUGCAGCCGACUGGAAAAGUCGCGCACAGCAGACGGCAAGCUAGCGUUCAGUCUGAGAGUGUUUGGUCAUGGAAGACUUUUACGACUGUUUUCGGCUAGUUUUUAACCUGUUUCUACCUUUUUGUACUUGACAUGUCAUCGGUGUUUGUGUACAAGAGGUUUUUCGCAGAAAACAAGAGCAUGACCCUUGAUACAAAGCAAUUAUUUUCUUUAUUCUACAAAAACGAGCGGAUUGCGGUUUGCGAAGAUUUGAAAGAAAGAAGAGUCUGUAAAUACACGCUUGUAUCCGUCCACUAGUGUCGUUGUUCUUCCAGAAUGAUCUUACCAUGUAAAAAACACAUCAUUUCUAUUGUGCAGAUUUUCAACACUGUAGCGACGAUGCUGCGUUCAAGCGCAUUUUCACGGCAGUUAACUGUGAGCGACUGGAUCUGGUUUGUUUUCAGGGUUAAAUCCAGGGCAAUAAUGUGCGAUUCAUCUUUACCUCAGAUUAGAUAUUUCUAACGAGUGUUGUUGUUUUUUUUUGUACAAUUAUUUAAAAUGAAUGUUUUAGUCGGGCAGCUCAGCAUUAGUUAAAAACACAAACGUAAUGACUUUCUGUGUAAAAUGUAAAUUUUUUUUUAUUAUUAAUAUUACCAACUCAGAUGUUCAUCAUUGCAUUUUUAAUGAAUUACUAAAAUAAUAAUAAUAAUGCAUUUUUAGAUACAUUUUUGCAUUGGUAAAAAACCAUUGUGGCGUGAGCAUGAUUUGUUUUAGUCAGUGACAUUAGCACAAACAGCUCUAGCAUCACCAGAGUCUCACGUUUAUUGCUGUUUUUCACUGGUUUUCCAAGUUAUUAUUAUUUUAAAUGGUAGAAAAUAAUGUGCUUCCAGUGUUUAUGGAUUUUAAUAGAUUACACUAAUCAUGGUUUGUUUUUAAUGCUGUGCUUACAAUUAAAUUUUUAACAGAUCAGCGCUUUACAUUUUUAAAUUGUGUUUUUAACAGAUAAUUUUUUAUAUUUAUAUUACUUUUCUCAUUUUCUUUCUCUAUAGUUUAUAUAUAUAUAUAUAUAUAUAUAUAUAUAUAUAUAUAUAUAUAUAUAUAUAUAUACAUACACAGUUUUUUGUUUUGCGUUUAUGCGUUUUUUUUGCGUGCAAAACGGAUCUCUAGCACUUACAGGAAAAUAUUUUGUAAAUUGAGAGUCGUUGGUGCAUGCUGUUGUCAUGGUGACGUUGUGCAGUGGGUGUGUCCUUCUCUUCCGUAUAUACAUAACAUUUUUUUUUAUAAAUUUGUUGUUUUAACUCUUUCUACUCCUGUUUGAUUUCAUUUUACAAACCAAACAAAACUUUCACGUCUAUCACUGUGUUUCAGAUUUACAAGAAAUAAGUUUGUUUGUGUUUGUUUUUAUAGGGCAAUUUUGUGAUUUAAUCUGAAUUGUAACGUUGGCCUUUGGUUUUUGUUAUUACUCUGUCAUAUAAACUCCAGACGUUGAGUUCUGUGUUGGACUCUGUGAAACUGAAAUGUAGCAUUUUAUGUUUUUGUCUUUAAUAAAACAUGCAUCUUUAAAUAUAUUGAUGGACACACUUUUAAAAUAACUUUUUUUUUUUUUUUUAAAGAGUCCUGUUGUUUUUACAAAGUCAUUUUCCUCUGGUGUAACGCAGUAUGUUAUGACUCUCCUGUAUAAUGCAUAUUAAUAAAGUUGGAUAUCAGUGAUUUGA